AUGGAGCGGCGGAGCAGCGGCGGCGCCGGGAGCUGCAUGGGGAUGGUCGCGGUCGCCGUGGUGUCGACGAGCGUCAUCCUCAUCUCCUACCACCUCCACCGCCGGCUGGAGGCCGACCUCAGGGUGAGGAUCGCCCUCGGCUGUGACGAUGGAGCGGCGGACCAGGACCGGCGCCGGCGCCGCCCGCGGGGCACGAAGAAGAAGAAGAAGGUGCGCUUCGCGGACGACGUGGCGGAGCCGUCGUCCAACAGCGAGGAGUACCGGCGGCGGGCGCGGUCGUCGUCGACGGCCACCAGCGCAAGAUUAGCAUAG